AGAUUUAAUUGAAAAGUUAGAAACACAAGACUUAACACCAAAUGAUUGGUUGAAAAGGAUUGAAAGAUUUUAUGUGUUUGACGACGAAUUGGGGGUUAAUAUGAUAUUUGUUAUCAAAGAUGAUCGGGUCUAUGGAUUGGGUGCUAAUUAUUGGGGAUCAUUGGGUUUGGGACACAACCAGUGGGUGAGUGAACCACAAGAGAUCAUUGAAUUGAGACAUAAAAAGAUUAUUAAUUUUAUAAAUGGAGACGAAUUCAUAGUUUGUGUGUCGAGUGAUAAUUGUGUGUAUAGUUGUGGUUAUAAUAAAAACGGACAGUUGGGUCAGGGAUAUGAAGAUUUUGAAUUCAAGAAACCAAUGAUUAUACAAAUCAAUGAAAACAAUGAUUUGAUAAGUGAUGUGAGUUGUGGUUCAAAUCAUACAUUAGUUGUAACACAAAAUAAUAAUGAAGUGUAUGGUUGGGGAAGCAAUGAUUUCGGACAAAUAGGUAGCCGAGACACCACUUGUGAUGCCAUUAAUAAACCGGAAAAAAUUAAUUUUAAUAAUAAUUAUUGUAUAAAAUUUGUUCACUGUUUUGAUAACUCCUCGUUUGCACUGACAAGUGAUGGACAGGUGUUUAGUUGGGGUGAGAAUCGUAGCAAUCAAUUGGGACUUAAUUGUAAUGAUUUGAUAAUAUUUAAACCAAAAUUAAUAUCAAAUUUGUUUGGCAUUACAUCAAUACAAUCGGGUGCAGGAAUUAGUUAUUUUAGUAGUCAUCAUAAAAAUGAAGUAUAUUUUUGUGGCCAAUAUUAUAAUGAAAACAAUGAAAUCAAUAUACAAGCGAUACAUAAAUUAAUGGGAAAUUCU